UGCAACAUUGCUCCUCGCUCGCACGCAGAUGGAGCUUGGACUGGGAGCGGCUGCUCGGCGACCAGCUGCCCGGCGACUGCUCGUCAGUAUGGCUCGCGGUGUGGGCCGCAGCCGGGGAGUGUGGGCCUUCACCGACGGAUUUAACUUCUCGGUACCCGGCCAGGUUAACGCCAUCUGACCCCAGCUCGCCCGGCUAGCGAACAGCAGGGCUCGCGUAUGGAACUUUAUCCAUUUGAUUGUUAGCAUUAGCAAGCGUCGCUACCAAUCCCGGAGAUGUCUCGGUGUUCGGCACUUAGCUGACCCCCCCUCCCUAACCCCUUCAAUCCCCUCACUUCCCUCCCGCCGCACCAAAAAAAAAAAAAGAAAUUAUUUACAGCCGCUCCGCAGCAGCCAGCAAUGCGGGAGACGUUACAGUCCGCCGGUGUCGGAUUACUGGACGUGUUGGUGGAACGACUGCACCCGGCCGGGCAGCGUCGAGCAUCAUGAGCGAUUGCUAUGGCGGCACGGUGCAGCUGCCUGAUGUUGAGGGCGGGGAAGACGACGAGUGUUUGGUGCCCCUCUCCCCGGUGUUGCUCGACGCUUCCGGUGUGCCCAUCAUCCCGGUUCCCGCCCUAGAAUGCCGCACAUCGGGCACGGCGGGGGUCGAAGUCGGGGAGAAUCUCAACAAACAAACGGCAGAAGAGCACCAGCGGGUCCUCCCCCAAGGCACCGCUUUCGUGGUGGGAGGCAAGUGGGAGGCAAACGGGAACUACUCGACUGGCAUCCACGCGCCUGAAGAUGGAGACAAACUCGGCAAGAAGAGGAGGCCGGUGACGGUGGACACGUCCAAAGCCAAAACCUCCCUCGAGGGACUCAAGAUCAGCAUCAGACAGCUCAAGUGGAAAGAGAUUCCCGCAGGAAGACGAGCGGCGUGUGACAUCUACUGGCACGGCGUCUCCUUCCACGACAAUGAGAACAUCACGUCAGGCCAGGUGAACAAGUUCCCAGGAAUGCUGGAAAUGUCGCGGAAGAUCAACCUGAGCCGAGCGGUGCGCAUCAUGCAGGAGCUGUUCCCCGCGGAGUACGACUUCUACCCGCGGUCGUGGAUCCUGCCCGAUGAGUACCAGCAGUUCUCCGCGCAGCUUCGAGCGGUGAAGGAGCGCGACGCCACGCUCUCCCCAACGUUUAUCGUCAAGCCCGACGGCGGCUCUCAGGGCGAAGGCAUCUACCUCAUCCGCGAGCCCGGCGAGCUGAGGCCGGCGGUGGCGGGCGCGCAGGCCCGGCAGGCCGUGGUGCAGGAAUACAUCCGCAAGCCGCUACUGGUGGACAAGCUCAAGUUCGACAUCCGCCUCUACGUGCUGCUCAAGUCGCUGGAGCCGCUGGAGGUUUACAUCGCCAAGGAGGGCCUGACGCGCUUCUGCACCGAACCCUACCAGGAGCCGAGCCAGAAGAACCUGGGCCACGUCUUCAUGCACCUGACCAACUACUCGCUCAACGUGCACAGCGGCAACUUCGUGCACUCGGAAAGCCAGAGCACGGGCAGCAAGCGCACGCUGUCCAGCGUGCUGCGGCGGCUGGCCGCCAAGGGCGUGGACGUCAAGAGGGUUUGGUCGGACAUCAUCGCCCUGGUCAUCAAGACCGUUGUGGCCGUGGUGCCUCAACUCAAAGUUUACUACCAGGCCGACAUCCCGCCCGGCAAGCCCGGCCCCUCCUGCUUCCAGAUCUUAGGUUUUGAUGUCCUCCUGAUGAAGAACCUGAAGCCCGUCCUCCUCGAGGUCAACGCCAACCCCAGCAUGCGCAUCGAGCACGAGCGGGAGGUGGCGCCGGGAGUGUUCGAAUGCGUUCCCAGUCCGGUGGACGAGGAGGUGAAAGUGGGCGUGAUCAGGGACACGCUACGCCUGGUGGACCCCGCCGCUCUCAAAAGAGCCGCAUCUUGCCAGCGGAGGUCGUCGGGCGGCGAGGAGGAGGCGGCGGCGGCGGCGGCGGCGGGCCGCGGCCAGGUCAGGAAGCAUCCGGAUGGCAUGCCCUCGCCGUGCCUGAAGCAGGUGUACCCCAAAUACAGCCGGCAGUUCAACUACCUUCGAUUGGUGGAGCGCAUCGCCGCCCUCUUCGUCCGCUUCCUCGGCGUCAAAGGCAACAUGCGCCUCGGACCCACCGCCUUCAGAACCUUCAUCAGGAACUGCAAGCUGAGCAGCAGCAACUUGACCAUGGCGUCCGUUGACAUCCUCUACAUUGACAUCACGCGGCGCUGGUCCGGAGCCUUGCCCGACUGUCGGGAAGCAGGCAUGGGCCUCCAGGCCUUUGUGGAGGCCUUCUUGUACCUGGCGGCGCGCAGGUUCAAAUCACAGACACCCCGGGAGCAGGCGGCGUCCCUCCUGGAUCUGUGCGAGGCCCAGCUGGAGUCGCCGACGCCGGGCCCCGAGGAGCGCCGCUCGCGGGGGGGCCCAAGGCCCACGUCCGGCACCUCGGGCCGGCCCCGCCUUCGCCCGCCGCCGCACCUCGGCCGCGCCGGGCCUCCAGCCAAGACUGCCGCGGCGCCAAGCCUAGCUCGCGAGAGGCCAACGCCGAGAACUGAGGUUGCUCGCCUUCGCCUUUGCCCGGCAAACACGCACGCGCUACUCCGGGACAGCGGGUGGGCAAACGAUGACCGGGGGGGGCACAUGCGAGGGAAUUUGGGAGGUGGGUCAGCUCACGUUGACAUUGGACUACUAUCUCUCAAAAAAGGCACUAUUGAUUUGACUUCUAAAUGCAGCUUAUUCAAUUAUUGUUUUGUUUCUUGUAAAUAAUGAAAGAAAUAUUGCUCAUAAAAGGAGGUGGCGGCCCUCACGUCGGUACU